UUCGCGCAAUAUGUACAUAGUACUGUAGUACGCUGUGUUUAAUGUUCCUAUCGAGUGUCGUUAACCGCUUUUUUCAUUAUUAAUAUUGCAAAUAUCUCGACUGUGAAUCCAUAUGUGUAAUAUCGAUAUACGGUAUGUCCACGAACGAAAAGACGAGAGAAAAUUUGAUGGUGCAAAUUUACGAACUCGAAGCAUUAGAAUCUGUUUAUCCAAAAGAAUUGGUUAUUGCCGAUCAUGGAACGUUGGCUGAUAUUAAUGAUUUCAUUAAAAACCCUGCUCAAGAACAUCCUCAGAGAUUGGAAUAUUCGAUCGAACUUCCAAUGAACGGUGGGACGAUCGAACUGUUGGUUAGUUUGCCAGCUAACUAUCCUGAAGAAAAACCAGAGAUUUAUGCAAGAGGUUCAUCGUUAAAUCGAACGCAACAGCUGUUGUUGAACCAAGCACUAAAUAAUGUUGUUAACCAUCAAGAGGAACAUGAGCCAUGUAUCUACAUGUUGAUAUCAUGGCUGCAAGACAAUGGUGAUGAUUACAUUGUGGCUUCUAAUGUGAAUCAGAGAAAAGAUUAUGACAUUGAAGAUAAAAGAAACAAGAAAGCAGGAUCUACGAUUUUUGCUAGAUAUUGGAUUUAUAGCCAUCAUAUAUAUAGCAAAUUUAAGAGAAGAGACAUAAUCGCUAUGGCAAUAGAAAAUUCUGUUACUGGUUUUUGUUUAGCAGGGAAGCCAGGUAUUAUUUGCAUGGAAGGCAUUUUAGAAGAUUGUGACUACUGCUGGCAAAAGAUCAAAUCUAUGAAUUGGCACAAAAUAUUGAUAAAAUUAUUAGAAAAAGAGGAAAAUUGUAAUAUUGAUAAUAUGCGUAAAUUUAAUGAUUUUCAAGAAAUAUCUUUUCCUUCUUCUGAACGUCAUAACAAUAUGGGUCAAUUAUUUAAAUAUUUAACAGAACAUAAACUACAGUAUGCAUUUAAGGAACUGUUUGGAAUCGAAGGUAAAUCCAUUGAAUUGCCAGGUUAAUGAUUUAUAGUAAAAUUAUCAUAAUCAUAGUUAUCUCAGUUGUUAACAAAUUAUGAUAAUUUUCUUGUUAUUUUUAAUGAGUACAUACCUUUGUUGGAAACUUCUCGUAUUUCUCUUUUAUAACGGUUAAAUGGUUGUUUAAAUGAAUUUUGCAUGUGCUUCGUAAUAUUUCCAUUGAUUUCAGCCAAUAUAUCUUUGUUCAAACUUUU